AUGGACUUCCGGCAGUCGAUCGCCGCCCAAUCCGACUUCACCUCGUUGCUCACGAAGGAACUCAUCUCCACCCACGUCAUGGACAACAACUUCGUAUUCUCGGCCCUCUCAAUUCACGUCGUGCUAGCCAUGCUUGCGGUCGGGUCGGGCCUCCCUGCACGCGAACAGCUCCUGCGCUACCUCAUGUUCGAUUCGAUCGAGGAGCUCAAUUCCCUAUCGUCGCAGAUCUCCACCUGGAUGCUAGCCGACGGCGGGCCACUCGGCGGCCCUCUCCUGUCCUUCGCCAACGGGGUUUGGAUAGAACGCAGCCUUGUCCUGAAGCCCGAUUUCAAUGAAAUCGUCGAGAAUGCUUAUCGGAGCGCAGUAGGUCAUGUCGAUUUUCGGAAUCAGUCUGAUGCGGUAAGAGAAGCAGUGAAUGCUUGGGCCGAGGAGAAAACAAAUGGUGUGAUAAAAAAUUUGCUCUCACCCGGCUCAGUCGAUAGUAUGACUAUGCUCAUCCUUGCAAAUGCACUCUACUUUAAAGGAGUCUGGGCUUCAAAAUUCGACCCGUCUCUAACCCAAGUCCACGACUUCUUCCUCUUGAACGGAAGUUCGGUCCGUGUCCCCUUCAUGACCAGCUCCAAAUACCAAUAUGCGCGUGCCUUUAACGAUUUUAAGGUUCUAAAGCUACCAUACCAAAAGGGCCAGGACACGCGGGCAUUCUCCAUGUACUUCUUUCUUCCCAAUGCCAAGGAUGGCUUGCAGGCGGUCGUCGAGAAAUUCGGCUCGAUUUCUGGGUUCAUAGAGCACCACAUGCCACAUGAAAGAGUGGAAAUGGGGGAUUUUCGCCUCCCCAAGUUUAAAAUAAGCUUCGAUUUUGAGGCUUCGAAGUUUUUUAAAAAGCAAGGGUUGGUUCUCCCCUUUCUCGGUGGUUUGACCGAGAUGGUUUACCCUUCCCCGUAUGAUCCACUCGAAAUCUCCGGCUUUUUUCAUAAGGCGUACGUAGAGGUCGACGAACAGGGCACAGAGGUUGCAGCAGUUUCUUAUGGCGUCAUGGUUGGAAGUUCGCUGUACAUGCCUCCACCUGUGGACGUGUUCAACUUUGUAGCUGACCAUCCUUUCCUCUUUGUAAUAAGGGAGGAGACAAGUGGUGUUGUGGUCUUUGUUGGGCAAGUUGUGAAUCCUCUGCUGUCUGACUGA